AUGCUCCAAAACUCAGCCUUGCUUCUGGUCCUGGUAAUCAGUGCUUGUGCAGCCUAUGAAGCCGAGCAGAAUGACUCUGUGAGUACUAGGAAGACCAGAGUGGCAGCGCAAAACUCAGCUGAAGUGGUUCGCUGCCUGAAUAGUGCCAUUCAGGUAGGCUGUGGAGCAUUUGCCUGCCUGGAGAACUCCACUUGUGACACAGAUGGGAUGUACGACAUUUGUAAAUCUUUCCUGUACAGCGCUGCUAAAUUUGACACUCAGGGAAAAGCCUUCGUCAAGGAAAGCCUUAAGUGCAUUGCCAAUGGAGUUACCGCCAAGGUCUUCCUGGCUAUUCGGAGAUGCUCGACUUUCCAAAGAAUGAUCUCUGAGGUGCAGGAAGAGUGUUACAGCAAGCUGGACAUGUGCGGUAUCGCAAAGCGGAACCCGGAAGCAAUAACAGAAGUUGUGCAGCUUCCAAAUCACUUCUCAAACAGAUAUUACAACAAACUGGUCCGGAGCCUCUUGGAGUGUGAUGAGGAGACAGUGGGAACGAUCAAAGACAGCUUAAUGGAGAAAAUUGGUCCCAACAUGGCCAGCCUCUUUCACCUCUUGCAGACAGAUCACUGCUCCCAAACCCACCCGCGAUCUGAUUUUAAUAGAAGGCGUAUCACUGAGCCCCAGAAGCUAAAAAUCUUCUUCAGGAACCUCCGAGGUGAGGGUUCCCUUCCCUCCCAUAUGAAACGCACCUCAACAGAGAGCGCUUAAUGAUUCACCAGAAGCAUUCGAAAUCCUACCAAGUUAGUCUCAUUUUAGAGGAGUUAAAACACCAUGUUGAGUGUUCUGUGCCCAGUUUGAUUCUUUUUUUUUCCCCCUGUAGUUUCUGUUUUCUCUUCCCCUUAAGGCAACUGCAUGGAAUUAGGCUUCAGUAUUCAGUGUCCCAAUGUUCUGCAAUGAAAAUAUUUUCCCCCCCAACAGAACAGGCUAGGUUCUUGGUUAUGAUCUUACUGCAUCCCUCAACAGAAACCACCCCUCACACCCAUCCAUCCACCCAGUUCCUUGCUCCCACUUCUCCUUCCCCUCUCCCAUCACCCCCAAACCAUCCAUGAAAUCCCAACAUGAGUUGACAAUUUGGAGCCUUUUAGAAUAGUUAUCCCAGUGAAGUUAGCUGAUAGGUAACAACUUAACCGAAAUGCAUGUCUUGAAUGUUCAUAACGAUGUUGAAUGGAAUUCGUGUUAUGAAUCUGUGCUGGCCAUGGACGAAUAUGAAUGUUGUGAUGGAAUUCUUGGUCUCUAAUGAACUAGUGUCAUAGUCUUAAUCCUCAAAAGUCUAAUUUCCUUUUCAAACGUUUUAUCUUUUAUCUUUUCCUUUUCAAACGUUUUCAAGCGCUUAGUACAGUGCCCUGCACACAGUAAGCGCUCAAUAAAUACGAUUGAAUGAAUGAAUGAAUCUACCAAAUUGCUCGAGCCUAGUUCUCUAACUAGACCCUGAGACUGCAUCUUCUUGCAUUUAAAGAAAAAAAAUCCUAUCAUCUUUAUGUACUGUAACUGUUCAGAGCUUUAAAAGUACAAUUGUCUUAAAACUAGAGUAUCUUAAGGUCUAACUGUGGAAUAUAAAUAGAUGAAAACUUAUGUACUGUACAUAAAUUCCAGAGGAGUCUGCUUAGAAGAAGCAGAAUAUAAUAACUUUAUUGCAUAUAGAUUUAGUUUUGUAACUUAGCUUUAUAUUUCUUUUCCUGGAAUGGUAUCUCUGUCACGUGAUCAGAAGUAUACAUACACAAACGCUCCUUGUGGCCUUUUAUAAUGAAGGUGGUAGAACUAGUUCCACUGUACAUCAUAACUUGAGAAGGGUCUGUACCGGACUAGAAAAACCAACAGGUAUUUCUGAAACACCCCGGGUUAGUAGUCAUUGACCUUCCAAAUCCACCUCUAGCCAGAGGCUCCUCCUGACUUAGGCCUAUCCUGAAGCGGUUCUGACCCGUUAUCCCAGUAACCAUGGGAGAGACACAGCAUUUCCCGAGAUUGGGACCACCCGGUGGUCUUGAGAAGCUGUGUCUUGAGAAGCGGUACUUCUCAGAUCAGCACCCUUCGCUGGUGGCCAUUGCUGCCCCAGCUCAGCACGAGGAUCAGUGGGGAAGGAGGAGGAUUUUCCAUAAGUUAGGCUUCGGUGACCCAGCCUGCCCAUCUCCUAUUUGAGACAUGGGGCCUGAAGAAAUGAAAAUAGACCUGGACUGUCCAGCCUUAACGAAUCCCUUGGCAUUUGUUCUGUAGCAUGUUGCCUGCCAAAGCAGUGCUGGCAGCUGAGACAUCUUUGCAGUAUUGCAAAAAAAAAAAAAAAGAAGGGUGGGGGGAGAGAGAGAAGGAGAGAGAGAAAGAGAGCUAUGAUGGCUAAACUUUUUUUUUUUGCCGUGAUAUUUGCAAGAUGUCAACAGCCGCCUCCCACUGAGUAACUUUUCCAAACAACAGUAGUUUCUCAGGGUCACUGCCCUUGAACCCAACGGCCCCAUAAAGGCAGCACUGCCUUCCAGAGGCCAAUAGGGGGCAGUGUCACUCCAAACUUGCUUAGGUUGAAACUAUUGGUGCUUGCCCCUCACUGGGCUAUAUAGAGAGCUUAGCCAAGUGGCAGGCUCCUGGAGGGGGACAUCUUUUGCAAAAUAUAAAGCAAUACAACUUUACCACAAAGCCUUUAAACCAAUAACUUGCUGCUAAAGUACUGAAAGCAGUCGCGGCGGCAACAGCAGCAGUGGGACUGUCACUGCCUUCAUUCCAUAGCCCCAGAGUACAGUCCUUAGGACUGUACCCAGCAAGGAAAAUUUGCUAGCGACACGGGGGUUUUCUACUUGGAAUUCUGCACACCCAAAAAAAUUGGCACUGCUUCAUCCUCUUGGAAAUCAGGUAAACCAAGUGCUGACUUAAGCCUGCCCUGUUUAAUCGAGGGAGAUCUGAACAAGAAAAGCUACUGAAGUUUGUGUAUUAAAGUACGUUUUGGAAAAUUGACCAAGAGUAUAUCCCAAAUGCCACCAGUAGGACUUGACAAUUAUUUCACAAUGUAUUUAUGAACCGUCUUACUUCUGCCUUCCCAAUCUUUCUUCUUGUCAUGGUCCCUUUAAGCCAUGAGACCUAAAUAAUAACGACGGAACACGAUUCUCUAAAUGCUAGUCCCUUAUGCUCUCCCUUCCCCCUACUUAUUCUGCAAAUGCUUUGUCUUGUGUUCACUACACAGUGAUUUGGACCGACCUAGAAUCGUCUGCAUGAUUCUUCUAUUGUGAUUUGGUUGCACUUUAGACAUUUUUGUGCCAUAUUUGCAUUAUGUAUUUAUAAUUUAAUAUUUAGGGUUUUUUGGCUGAGUACUGGAAUAAGCAGUGAGCAUAUCUGGCAUAUGUCAUUAUUUAUUGUUAAAUUACAUUUUAAGCUCCAUGUGCAUAUAAAGGUUAUUAAACAUAUCAUGGUAAUAAGAGAUGCAAGUUAUUUUCUUUGCUUAUUUUUAUAAUUAAAGAUGCCAUAGCAUAAUUAUGAAGACUUUGGUGGAUUCCUUCUGAGACAAAAUAAAGUAUUAAGUUUUA